ACCACUGUGUAAACGUCAUGGUGUGUCCACAGAAGAUAAAAGAGGAAGUGAUGUCACCAAAGACAACAAAGCGUGUACGGGAGAUUCCCGCUCAGGAGCCCGACGAACCUGAAAAAGUUACACCGAAAAGGCCGAAGACACGGGAUCCACGGGGUUCGCGGUCGGAGGGAGAGGCCGAGGUAGAGGAGGAAAGCUCCUCAGAAAGCCGCAGCGCUCAGGACGACGGCAGCAGUGACACCAAAGACAUCGAUCAGGACAACCGGAGCUCCUCUCCCAGUAUUCCUAGCCCGCAACAAGGCAACGAGAGCGACUCUGACUCAUCUGCCCAGCCAAACGGCGUCCCAUCAGAGCCAGUUGCUCCUGCUGCUGUGCUGGCUGACACACCAGUCACACAGGCUCUCCCCUCUCAGGGUCCUACCAUCACUCCUCAGCCAACGCAAAGCACUCCCCCUGCUGAUUCUGCUCAGAGCCCCCCUCCUCCUUCUCCAGACCCCCCUCAGCCAGCCGCCGGGCAGUCAGCUGCCACAGAGGGUCCGAACAUCCGACCACAGCCCGCCUCUCACUCUCUGUCUGGUCCACCUCCUCUUCCAUCAGCACCGGGUCAGGACUCUCCUCUUUCUCCAGCGUUUCAGGUCCCGCCUGCUCUCAACUCUGCACAGCCUCUGCAACCUCGUGGCCCGUCACCUCAGGCCCCCCAGCGACCCCCGCCCUUCUUCAGGGAGUCUCAGCUCCCCCAGUCUCCCCAGUCUGGCCCACAUAUCAAGCCUCCUCCCACCACUCCCAUUCCACCUUCACACAAACAGAUGCCACACCAUUCUGCUCCACCUUUCCCUCAGAUGCCC